AUGUAUCUAUUCUUCUGCAACUUAUCGGUGAUAGACAUCUGCUUCAGCACCGUCGUUGUACCUAAGCUGCUAUAUAUCCUAUUAUCGGGGAAUGGCCUGGUAUCCUUCACCCAGUGCUUCACCCAGAUGUACUUUUUCUUUAUGGCAGCCAGUGCUGAGGUGAUACUUCUCUUUAUAAUGGGAUAUGACCGAUACCUUGCGAUUUGUCAUCCCUUGCACUAUCACCAAAUCUUGAGUAUGAGGAACUCCACACUGACCAUGGUCAUCAUGUGGGUUGUCGCCUUCAUUAACUCAUAUUUCUUCAUCAUGCCACUUUUGAACCUGACGUUUGAUCUGGUAGUUAGUUUUCAUCAAUUCUACUGUGACAUUCUUUCGGUAUAUAAUGCAUCCUAUGGAGGCUCCAACAGGUUUUUUAUUGUAUUCUGUACAGAAUGGGUUCUACUUGGAAUCUGCCCGUUCUUUUGCAAUUUGGUGUCAUACAUCAAAAUUUUUGUUAUCGUUGCUCGUAUAAAAUCCAAGGAAGGAAGACGAAAAGCCUUCUCCACCUGUUCUUCCCACCUUAUUGUCAUGAUGAUCUACUACUCUACAGGAGCACUACACUUUGUUUCUUCAUUUCACCACACAGGAGAUCUCCUCAACCAAAUCCUGUCCAUGUUCUACACUACAGCGGUACCCAUGAUAAAUCCACUGGUUUAUAGUCUACGCAACCAUGAAGUCAAGAAAGCUCUUCAGAAAUUGUUGAAGAAAAAAUUAUCAUAA